GCCAUCGUGAUCCCCCUACAGCAGCUCAUCCUCGCCGCCGUCUGUCUGUUUCUGAUCCACGGCGGUGAGAGUCACACCCAGAGAGCGGCCUGGAUCGUGGGAAACGUUCACCACCACCACCCCCCCGUGACCCCUCCAGAGUCCCACUGGAACGGCCUGCUCUCGCCAGGAAGCUAUCAGUAUAUUAAUAGAAACAUGUGGAGGAGCGUCUCACUCUCACUGCUGGUGGCGCUGGCUCUGGGCUCAGAGGUUUCCCAGCCCCCGGAUGUGGUCACGCUGGAGUGGACCGAGCUGGAGUUGCAGGAGAAUUUCAGUGACAUUUCAGCAGUCAUCGGAAACGCGAGACGGAUGAUCCUGGCGGCUCAGUUUGAGUGCUACCUGAAGAUCAUCCAUGAUCCACCGUGGUCUGAAGGAGGUAACUACUGCAACCGGACGUGGGACGGAUGGAUGUGCUGGGGCGACUCCGCUCCAGGGACCGCCAUGCAGAUGUGUCCUACAUAUUUUCAGGACUUUGACCCUGGUGAAAAAGUGACUAAAGUUUGUAAUCCUGAUGGUCAGUGGUUCCACCACCCCGAGAGCAACCGAGUCUGGUCCAACUACACGCAAUGUCAGGUCCACACCAAAGACAGAGUCAAGGUGGCAAUCAGCCUCUACUACCUGGCCGUGGUGGGUCACUGUCUCUCCAUCGUCUCCUUAAUAAUCAGUCUGAUUAUCUUCUCCUAUUUAAAGAGUCUCAGCUGCCAGAGGAUCUCCCUCCACAAGAACACCUUCCUCUCCUUCAUUCUGAACUCCAUCGUCACCAUCAUGUUUCUCUCCGUCUCCGCUGUCAUUAACGAAAACACAACUUCCAGCAACUCUGUGAGCUGUAAGAUCCUGGCUGCACUGACUCAGUACACCAGCACGUCCAACUACUUCUGGAUGCUGUGUGAGGGAAUCUACCUCCACACGCUCAUCAUCGUGGCCGUCUUUGUGGAGGAGCAGCAGCUCUUCUGGUACUACAUCCUGGGAUGGGGUUUUCCCAUCAUUCCUGCCACCACGUACGCUGUUGCCCGCUGGCUUUACUUCGACGACAAGUGUUGGAUCAGUCCACAUACGCAUCUGGUCUACAUCAUUCAUGGCCCCAUCCAAGUGGCUCUGGUUGUUAACCUCUUCUUUCUCCUAAACAUCAUCCGUGUUCUGAUCACCAAGCUGAAGGAGACGCACUGCACCGAGUCCACGGCCUACAUGAAGGCGGUGAGGGCCACCCUCAUCCUCAUCCCGCUGCUGGGAGUCCAGUUCAUCCUCAUGCCGUGGAGGCCGGAGGGAUGCAUCGGCUACGUCUACGAUUUCUUCAACAACAUCUUCUCCCACUUCCAGGGACUCAUGGUGGCAAUUAUUUUCUGUUUCUGCAACUCUGAGGCUCAAACGGCCCUGCAGAGGAAAUGGGUUCAGUGGAAAUCGGCCUGGGGGAAAACCGGCUUUGGAGAAACGCCCGCCACUAACAACCACUUCAACUACCACACCAACUCGUCCAUCGCCGAGACCAGCCGUGCGACCGUCAACCUGGAGCAUGCCGCUCCCGCACAGCUUUCGGAACCACAAGAGAACAGCCACGCUCUGUCUGUGAUGCAGCAAGAAAACUCAGGCGAGGCGGGCAACCGGGGGCAAAAUGACGCCCUCGACAAGGUGGAGACCACCGGCAUCUGAGGGGAAAGAAAUCUCUGGAGCUGUGACGGUAACAAACCCAGAAUCCGACUGGAGAGAAAAGAAGGUCUUUGGUCAUUUAAGAACUGCAAAGGAAAGCAGGCACCACCACUGUCAAGCCCUCCGCUUGAGCUUCACAAAAGGAGGCGGAUGACGUGAGGGCUUUUUAGGGCUGGAGGCAAAUGACCAAAGACUUCAAGACCUCCACCAAAUUUUCACCAAAACAAAGAAUGCCAAGGGCUACUGAUGUUGUUUGCGUACAGACUGCAUUUUUUUGUGACUUCAAUAAACAGAAACUAGAAAAUCCUUACUGUGUUCCAAAAGAUGUCUCUCAUGGGAUGAAUUCUACCCCAUAAUGAGGCAAAUCCCACUUUCCAUUCAGAAACCCCGAGGACACUCCUCGUCAUCUUUUUGAAGCGUCUUAUCUGCAGACCGCUAAAGCUUCAGUGAUUCACGGAACAUUGUUUGUCUGAAGGAGGCUCUCGCAGAAGAAAAAUCAGACAAAUUAUGCAAAAGUCUAAUCAGCUGGUUUAAAAAAAUAAAUAAAGCAGCUUCUCUUGUUAAAUGGAUGUUAACAUUUGUGAAAACUAAUGUAACUUUGGCUUUGAACUGCCUCUUUUUUUUCUGGCAGUUUUUACACCUAAUCCACCCUCCUAGAAAGGAGACAGAAUUUAAAAAGGACUCCAUUAAUCCAUGGAUUAUUAUUCAAGCAUAUUCCUUUUAGAGAUUCUAGUCUAUCGAUUUCUUCGCCUUUCGGCUGAUUCCCUUUAGGGGGCGCCACCCAAAGCCAUCCGCAUCGCCCACACCAACUACCCUCAUGUCCUCCUCACUGCACCCGUAUCACAAACAUAUUUAACUCUGAGCUUUAUUAUUUUUCUAUUUUUACUAUUCUUCCAUGUGUUAAAAACAAAUGCAAAAAAAUACAUACAUAUUUCCCCGUUUAAAGAUGUCCUCGAGCAUAUGGGAAGUUUUAUUUAUGACGGUUUAGUUUAAAUAUUCACUUCUUGUUUUUUGGCAUCCACAUGUGCAUGUCUUAUUAGAGCAGAAGAAACAAUAUUACGCUACGCUAAAAUGUUGCUUUUGCGGAUUGAAUAUACUUUGUAAAUAAGGUGCUUGGAUGAAAUGUUUUUUUUUUUCUAUAGCAAAUUGAAGAAUAUCAAAACCUGUGCCGUUUGUACUUAUGGUAAUGUUCUUAUCACCUUUGAAAGUUUUUACUUUUGUUAUUUCAACCGUUGAACUGUUUUGUGAUGUGCAGAAAUAUACGAAGCUGCCAUUUUACUGAAACCGUUUGUCUGUUUUUCUUGAUACUCUCAGCAUUUCUACUGACACUAAAUGGGAUUUGAACACACUUUUAAUGUAGUUUUUCUUAUUUAAUUGCCAUCUGAAAGCAUGUUUAAAUAGUAAGUUUCAGUCGUUCUGAGUGUCUGUGUGUUGUACUCUUGUUACUGGUUACUCAUUUCAUCAUUUCUGAGCCGAACAGACUGAGAGUAAAGAAAACUGUCACCUCAAAGUCAGGCUGCUCAGAGUUGAUGUGAGGAUCAGAAAAGACGAAGAAUAAUUCGGUGGGAUGGCUCUCGCUUUAGUGGAUCAGAGACACAGAAAGACAAAUUAUAAAGAGUCUCUUGAGGUCGAUAAGCUGCUUUGGAAUUAUAAUGGCACUGGAAUCAUUUUAGAGACAUUUAAGUGUUUGGCUUUAGCAAUUAGAAGUGAAACCCGACACACUGCAGCAGACUGUGUAACAAUUUAAUUCUGCGGGUAAACAAAAAUAACCAGGAAAAAAGCAACAAGUGAUAGAAAAAGGCGAGUUGGGAGCAUGUUUGACCAGCUGAAACAGCAUUGAAAGACAUCAAAACUACCCCAAUGUACAGCUGCCCAGCCAAUGAUUAUUGUAGGUUUUUUACAGAUUUUUUUUUUUAAUAUUCGUUUAUUUUAAAUUUGUCACAUCCAGUUAAAUCCGAACAAUACAAACGCCACCUUCAGGUUUUAGAAUCCUACGGGGGAAGUCAGAGAUUAUCAUCUGGUUAAAACACUGUAAAGGAGGAUUAAGAGCCCCAGGGGCCCCUUUGGUACUCGAGCCUUAAAACACAAUCACACUUACAAAUUGACAAAAUAUUCAAAAAAAACAGUUGCAAAGCGUUUGACAAUGUGGUCGAUUUAAAGACUAAAGCCCAAUAGAAAACAACGUUAUAAAAAAAAAAGGGUGAAAAUUUUUC